UUCUCCGAUACGCUGCAGCUAGGACGGGGGCCUAGUGAUAUUUCCGCAGCAGCAAAACCCUGAUGCUUCGAUCUCGUAUCCACUCUUGCCAAAUUUUUGGGGCGUUAUUGAACAACAGAGUCAUCAGGCGUCCGGACUGUGAAAUCUAACCUCGUUGCCAGGAGGCAUUCCAGCAUUGGGCAUUAAGGAUGGGGUCGCUUUAGCAGAGAAACGUUGUAUGCGCCAGCGCAUUGUAGAUUUCCCACACCGCCUCUCAUCCCAUUUUAUUUGAAUCUUCGCUUUCCGCAUCUCAGAACUCCAGCUAUUCCAAAGUCACGACCACCAUCCUCUCUCCGGACAUGUCGAAGAUCACACAAGUCCAAACCGCACAACCCUACGCCUGGCCACACGACGCCUCCCUCUCCCCUCAGACAACCGCACUCCUCAUCAUCGAUAUGCAGCGCGACUUUCUCUCUAUAGGCGGCUAUCUCGACUCGCAAGGCUACUCCGUAGCGCGAUUUCAAUCCAUAAUUCCGCGACUGGUAUCUCUGCUCUCCACUUUCCGCCGCGCAGGCUUCCCCAUAUUCCACACGCGCGAAGGCCACGCGCCGCACAUGUCCACCAUAUCCUCACGCGAGAGGCAUAGAUCGAGCGUGAACGGAGCGCCGAUUGGGUCUCAGGGGCCGCUGGGGAGGUUACUGAUCAGGGGCCAGAGAGGGCAUGAUAUUAUUUCUGAGUUGCAUCCGCUGCCUCUGGAGCCGGUUAUCGAUAAGCCGGGAAGAGGGGCGUUUACAAAUACGGAGCUGGAUGCUGCAUUGAGGGGUAGGGGAAUCAGGAAUCUGGUGGUCUGCGGAGUAACGGCGGACGCGUGUGUUAGCAGUACGGUCAGGGAAGCAAGCGAUCGGGGCUACGAUGUGCUGGUGGUGGAGGACGGGGUGGAGAGUGUGAGUGAUGGGCUGAAAGAGUGGAGCUUAGAGGCUAUUAGGGUUGAAGGGGGUUUGUUCGGUGUCACAACAGAGUGCCGGCAUAUCAAUGAGGCGGUGGAGAGCUGGAUGAGCAACCGUCAUGAGAACACGGAAGGUUAUGACCCAACAUGGAUAUAGGAAACGAGAUCAAGGCACCAGCGCAGUAGAUCAGUAACACAUAACAUGCAGGAGCAGAGAUGCAUUGAAGAUAUUUGCAUUGACUAUCUACUAGUCGCGCGAAGACUCAUGCU